AAGCCCGUGUUUGGUUCUCAGAGAGAGUCCUUUGGGAAGAGUCACAAAGCGUUUUCCUCUGAGAGGGAGCGGAGUGGCGAGAGCUCGGGAGUCAUCCGCAGGAAGCAGCGCUGCUCUGGACACCGCAGACCUCAACACGUCCCGGACCGCUGGGCUGAGGGGAGCACAAGAGAGCGCAAAGAGCCAAAAGAGGAAGAAAGAAGUGUCAGAUAAUGAUGACAUCUGAUCCGGGUGCGAGUUGAUCUCUCUUUUCUGUCUGACAGCUUGAACUGUGGAUCUCCAAAGCGCACCGGGAGUGACUUUUUAACACCUUUUCACACCAGGUCUGCCCGCGUCCUGCCAUCCUUCUGGCGAUUUUAAUCCGUCUGUGGACAUUUUGGAUUCUAAUGUUCCGAUAUGAUUUUCCUUCCGUUUUAGAGCACACUUUCUCACGAGGACUAGAAAUAAAGGAAUAAACAGUCUUGAUUUGAAGCGAAGCGCACGCGGCAGCCGCAGCACAGAGCGCACCCACGUUGCUUCUCUUGAGUCCGUGUGAAGGAUCUACAGGAGAACAAGUGCACAGCCAGCCGGGGAGAGACCGAGACACAGAAGGACAGGCACCGAGCUACGGAGGUUUGUUCAUGUUUGGGAUCCAGGAGAGCAUCCAGCGAAGCGGCAGCAGCCUGAAGGAGGAACCGCUGGGAGGCAUGAACACUGUCCGGAGCUGGAUGCAGGGGGGCGGCGUGCUGGACGCCAACACGGCCGCCCAAAGUGGAGUGGGUCUGGCCCGGGCUCACUUUGAGAAGCAGCCGCCCUCCAACCUGCGGAAGUCCAACUUCUUCCACUUCGUCCUGGCUCUGUACGACCGGCAGGGUCAGCCGGUGGAGAUCGAGAGGACCAACUUCGUGGACUUCAUCGAGAAGGAGAAGGAGACGAGCGGAGAGAAGACCAAUAACGGGAUUCAUUACCGGCUGCAGCUCCUGUACAGUAACGGCAUCAGAACAGAACAGGACUUUUAUGUUCGACUCAUAGACUCCAUGACUAAACAGGCAAUUGUUUAUGAAGGCCAAGACAAGAACCCAGAGAUGUGCAGAGUGCUGCUGACACACGAGAUCAUGUGCAGUCGGUGCUGUGACAAGAAGAGCUGCGGCAACCGUAAUGAGACACCCUCAGACCCUGUUAUCAUCGACAGAUUCUUCCUCAAGUUUUUCCUCAAGUGCAACCAGAACUGUCUAAAAAAUGCGGGAAACCCACGAGACAUGAGGAGGUUCCAGGUGGUCGUAUCGACUACGGUGAGCGUGGAGGGACAUGUUCUGUCAGUCUCCGACAACAUGUUCGUCCACAACAACUCCAAACAUGGCCGUCGGGCCCGCAGGCUCGACCCCGUGGAAGGAACGCCGUCCUACCUAGAACACGGAGCAGCACCCUGCAUUAAAGCCAUCAGUCCCAGCGAGGGCUGGACUACGGGGGGCGCCACAGUCAUCAUCAUAGGAGACAACUUCUUCGAUGGUCUCCAAGUCAUCUUCGGUACCAUGCUGGUUUGGAGCGAGUUGAUCACGCCGCACGCCAUCCGGGUGCAGACGCCUCCCAGACACAUCCCCGGGGUUGUUGAGGUCACUCUGUCUUACAAGUCCAAACAGUUCUGCAAAGGCACACCAGGAAGGUUCAUAUACACAGCACUGAAUGAGCCAACCAUCGACUACGGUUUCCAGAGGCUUCAGAAGGUCAUCCCUCGGCACCCUGGGGACCCAGAGAGGCUGCCAAAGGAAGUUAUUUUGAAGAGAGCAGCCGACCUGGUAGAAGCCCUUUAUGGUUUGCCCCACAAUAACCAGGAGAUCAUCCUGAAGCGUGCAGCAGACAUUGCAGAAGCUCUCUACAGCGUUCCACGAGGACACACCCAGCUCUCCGGCUCCACCCACGGCAGCAUGAUGGGUGUCAACUCCUUCACUGGGCAGCUGUCUGUCAACGUCUCGGAACCUCCGCAGGGCAAUCAGGGCUUCGUGCGCAGCAGCAGUAGUGUGUCUCCUCAUGGUUACGUGCCCAGCUCCACGCCUCAGCAGACCGGCUACACUUCAGUCACCAGCACCAUGAACGGCUACGCUAACAACACCGGCAUGACCAACCUGGGAGGCUCGCCCACUUUCCUCAAUGGCUCUGCAGCCAACUCGCCUUAUGCUAUUGUCCCCUCCAGUCCCACUAUGGCCUCCUCCACCUCUCUCCCCUCCAACUGCUCCUCCUCCUCUGGCGUCUUCUCCUUCUCUCCGGCCAACAUGGUGUCGGCGGCCGUUAAGCAGAAGUCUGCCUUCGCUCCAGUGGUCAGGCCCUCCUCCUCCCCGCCACCCUCCUGUACCAGCGCCAAUGGCAACGGGCUCCAAGAUCAAACAUUUGUGGACUCUAGCAAGUACUCAACAGCCAGCUCUCUACAAGGCCUGGCCUUCACCUGAACAAUCCCAGGAAUGAUCGUCCCACCCAUGUAAAGGUGUGAGUGCAUGACUGUGCGUGUGUUUGUGUGUGAGACUGUGUGUGAGAUGAACCAAGCACACUCACACCGAUCCUGGUGGAGGAUUUCGGUGCGAGUCAGACUCCAGUCGGGGAUGGAAGCAGCUGUCCCGAUCUGAAGGAACAAACCCAACUCAGGCCCUUUCUAACACAAAAACAACUGCAAGAAAAACAGACGAAGAACAAAAAAAAGACAAAGACUGUUUGCGAGGAAAUAAGUUGUUUAGACUUUGUACACCUUGAUGCUUUUAUAGGAGAACGGCCACGCCUACAUUUUGACUCUCCACGGACACAGGAGGUGUAUUUAUUUUGGAGAGAAUCCACUUCUUCCCUUGAGUGAUUUUUCUUUUUGUGCAACAGUUAACGUGUGAUAAUCAUCCUCUAACUGUAUCUCACAUGAGGGAUUUUCUAUUUAUGAAGUUUGGUCAUUAAUGAAGGAUUAUAAUGUGAAGAAUACCUGACGAUGAUGGUGAUGAUGAUGAAGAGGCAGCGGGAUUCACAUAGGGUCGAAUCCAGCCGACACAGACAAGCCAAACCAGACACACACUUUCACUUCUCAUUGCCAAAUCCACACCACCGUCACUCUUUCUGCACAGACACUCAGACAGCGAGGUCUUCCUCUGCAUUUAAUCGAUCAGAUGAAGGACUGAGAUGCUGCAGUUUUAGCCAGUCGCCAUGUUUGCUUUGAGCUCGCUUCACAUACAUUUGCACCGCUGCUCCAGUGCGCUACAUUUUCUAGAAGGAGAAAAUCUUUCAAGUGCAGAGAGAAACAAAAUUCAGUCAUCUAACAAACCAAGAAGACACAUAUUUCCACCGUGCAAGAUUCAAGAAAUGAGACUUGUUGCAGUUCAGAUUCAGGACAGACUUGAGGAGCUGACUGUAAAAGGGCCAUAAUGAGUGUGUGAUCACUGGGUGCCAACAGCAGCUUCACUGUUGAAGAUUUGACCCAACAACUCUGCCACUGAGUCCGUCCCUCGACCCUGUUACCAAACGAUCUGUUACAAAGUCAGACACCGCCACAGCAACCUCUAUAAGAGGGGGAACAUGUCUUAAAGACUGCUGCCAUUUUGAGUUUGAUUUUGUUGUGUGAGGGUUGCCUUCUCAAAUGUUUGUCUUAAUACAUAAAUUCUUAUUUCUGUUUGGUUUUUCUUUUGGUUUGCUGUGUUCUUUAUAUUCUUCCUGCCAUCAGCCAGCCAAUCAGAUUGUGUUUCUUUUGAUACCUGCCCACUUAUCUGGUGUGAUGGACAACUUGAGUGAGAAAAUGAUCCAGUGGUGUGUCUUAAAUGCUGCGCUGCAAAGAAUGUCAUUAUAUGUAUAACUGAGUCUUAAAAAUUUUUGUGAAAACAUCUUCCACUGCAGUUUCAAAUCUGCCCAUGAAUUCAGUUCAAUUUUUUAUUUUGUUUACAGUACAACUGUAUAUAAUUGAACACCACUGCAGCAUUAUUGCAUCCCAUCUUGCACUUGUUUUCUUGAGAAGUAAAAAUUUCCAAAAGAAAGACUUUUUUUUUGCAGCGCAGGAUAAUUAGCCAGCGACAUGUCUUAAAUACCCAGUGUGCAACAAUGAAAGAAGUAGCUGAUGAUUUGUUGUCACUGUUCCCUCAACCCUGCAGUGUGUGUGCUUCAAAAGUCUUACUUAAUUUAUGAUUGUGUUAGUUUUGCCAAAGCCCUUAUUUGAGACAUUAAGGCCUAAGCAGUCGUAUGCCACGGCUUCUACGCUAGUUUUCUUUCUUGUCAUACACAGUCAGAAAUGCCAUACAUCAGUACAACUGUCUUUUUCACACCUGCCAAAGGUACAGUUCAUAAAUGCGUCUUAGUUUUUCGUUUAGGUUGAUGACAUUUGCCACCAAUAGAAACUAUGUAAAAGUACAUUUGGAUUCUUAACUGGACACAGAGCCUUAUUAGCAUCAUGUGCAGAUGAAGUAAAUCCCACCUCUUUGAUAAACAAGAAUCAGUUGCCUGUGAAGAUCUGGCCCAUAGACUGUUUAUAAAGAUGGCUGCCAUGUCCUACCACUGUACAAAAAUCAAGUCACAAUAUCCCAGAUAGAGCCGCCACCAUCUUGCUCUGGUGACAUAAUUUGGAGCCCAGGUCUAUGCAGUAGUGAUCCCCACGGUACUGAGUUCCCGCCGGUACACCGACUCGACCGAUCGCAAGCAGCAAAAUUAUGAUGUCAUACCCCCACGUUAUAGCAUCAAAUGAUUAAUUAGAACCAAACUUACAUACUAUACUACGACUUUUUUUCAUGAUUUAUGACAACAUACUAAACUAUGACAUUUUUCCAUGAUUUUUGACGAUGUACUACACAUGACUUUUUUUCAUGAUUUUGGAGGACAUACUGUACUGUAAUGUUUUUUGUGAUUUUUGACAAAAUACUAAACUAUAAUGUUUAUUCGAGAUUUUUGACGACAUAAACAUUAUACUGAACUACAAUAGUUUUUUUUAGAUUGUUGAUGAAUUACUUAACUAUGGCCUUUUUUUUUUUUUUU